UCUUCAGCACACACGCACCUGAGGCAUCUGAGAAAUGGGCAACUCGUCAGGAAGCACCGUGGACGACCUGCAGGCCGUGGAGAUGCACCUGUGGUACAAGAAGUUCAUGACCGAGUGUCCCUCAGGUCAGCUCACCCAGCACGAGUUCAAGCAGUUCUUUGGGCUGCGAGGUUUGGACCCAGAGGCCAACGCCUACAUCGAGCAGAUGUUCCGCACGUUUGACAUGAACAAGGACGGCUACAUUGACUUCAUGGAGUACGUGGCAGCUCUGAGUCUGGUGAUGCGAGGAAAGAUGGAGCACAAACUGCGCUGGUAUUUCAAACUCUAUGAUGUGGAUGGAAACGGCUGCAUCGACAGACACGAGCUGCUCAACAUCAUAAAGGCCAUUCGUGCCAUCAAUGGAAAUGAAAGCCAGGAAACGAGCGCAGAGGAAUUCACGAACCGCGUGUUUGACAGGAUUGAUAUAAAUGGAGACGGCGAGCUUUCGCUGGAGGAGUUUGUGGCCGGCGCUCGCAGUGACAGUGAAUUCAUGGAGGUGAUGAUGAAGAGUCUGGACCUGAGCCACAUCAUGGCCAUGAUCCACAACAGGAGACACAGCGUUUAACUCCGACUUUUUCCUCAUUCCCGGUCUGACCCGGCAGCUUCAGUGCGACGUCGUUGCCUCUGGUGGAAAAAGGUCGUUUAUCGACUGAGAUUUCUAUUAAGAUCGAGUCCAGUUUCAUGUUUUUUAUCUUCAUCUCUAUAAGGGCGUCACACAUGCACUUUAAACACAUUUGGAUGACUCAGUCAACCUUUGCAGACCGGUCCUCGUCUAACGAUGCUCCACCGAGGCCACGUUAGCGUGAAGGAUGAUCCCUCACACGGCUCACGUAGCCUUAGAUACCCACCAGGGAUAAAAGAGGCAGAUAGUGAGGUAAAGUGGCAAUUACACCCUGCAACCAAAGAUGAUUCCAUUAUUUUUGAUUCCUCCGUAUCACAUGACUCACCCCUGUUUACCCACUCUUCUUGUGAAGCUGCAGUGAACAACAAAAACAUGAAAACCAGUAAAAAAUACUGAUGUGAUGCAGAGAAACUGCAAUGCUCCCUUUUUUAAUGUUUAAAAAUAAUCAAAAGUUCUUUGUUGUUUCUUUGGCUG